GAAUUGUGUGAUCGUAAGUGUAGUCUACUUUUCACAUCCUUUUCCGAUCACUUGUGUCUCUCAAUUGGCAUCCAAUUCACUGUUGACUUAAUUGUUGCUAAAUAUAGUUGACGUCGAGAUGUCGGGGGCUUUAAGUGUAUUGUCUCUGAAACAGGAAGACGUGGCAAAGUUUCUGUCAUGUCAUACACACAUCGGUUCCAAUAAUAUGGACUAUCAGAUGGAACAGUAUGUCUUCAAACGCCGAUCCGAUGGCAUUUAUAUAAUCAAUUUGCGAAAGACAUGGGAGAAGCUGUUGUUGGCCGCGCGCGCUAUCGUUGCCGUCGAGAACGCUUCGGAUGUCUGUGUCAUCUCCAACAGACAGUACGGCCAGAGAGCAGUGUUGAAGUUCGCGUCGGCCACCGGCGCCACACCCAUCGCCGGCCGAUACACUCCGGGAACGUUCACCAAUCAGAUUCAGGCGGCCUUUCGCGAGCCCCGUCUUCUGGUGAUCACUGACCCGCGCAUCGAUCACCAGCCGAUCACCGAAGCCUCGUAUGUGAACAUUCCGGUGAUCGCCUUCUGCAACACGGAUUCGCCGCUGCGUUACGUCGAUAUCGCGAUUCCGUGCAAUAAUAAGGCGCCGCACUCUAUCGGUCUGAUGUGGUGGCUGUUGGCCCGGGAAGUGCUUCGUCUGCGCGGUUCCAUCAGUCGCGAGACUCCCUGGAAAGUGAUGGUCGAUCUCUACUUCUAUCGCGACACCGAAGAGCAGGAGAAGGAGGAACAGAUAGCUCUGGUGCCGGAGAGACCGGCUAAGGCAGAGGCGGAAAGCGCUGGCUUUACUGAGAACUGGGCCACCGAUGCGGCGGCUGAUCCGGAGCCGGCGGAAGCGGCCGCACCCGUUGCCGUCGCCGCCCAACAGGACUGGAGCGCUACGAUGGGAAAUGAAGAGCAAUGGGCCGCUCCCACAGCUGCCCCCACCGCUGUUGACGACUGGGGCGCUCAGACCACCGAUUGGGCCACAUAG